UGUGAAGAUGCAGGAGGAUAGAGACCACUGACUCACUCGUCCCCUGGAUGCAGGGACGACCGUUGAAGGAGACACAGGACCAUGAGAGGAAGAUGCCUCGAGGCAGCCCGAUCACCUCUGAGAAUGACAUUGACGUUGAGCUGGAGUUUGCAGGUGUCGAGGAGGAAGUUUCCACACUACAAGAGGAAAGUGAGAGGGGAGGACACAGAGGAAAAAGAAGGGAUAGUGAUAGAGAGAGAAAGAGGCGGAGGAAAGGGAGGAGAAAAGUAGCAUCUAAAGACUCAGGGGAAGGGGAAGAGGAAUUGCAGAGGAGGCUUGAGAAAAGAGAAAGGGCCAGGAGAAAGAGAGCAAAGAAAGAACAAGAAGUGCAGGGACGUGAAAGGAAUGAGGAGGAGCAGGCUGAAAUGACAAGUGGUAAGAGGGCAAACACGAGAAAGAAUAUUAAAAAUGACAAAACAAGAAAAAUGGAGGAGGGGGAGGGGGAGGGAGAAGCUGGAGAAAGAAAUACCAAGAGAAAAAAGAAACACGGAAGUGCCAAAAACGACGGGAAAGAAGAAGAUGGAGGUGAACAUACAGUAAAGGAGAAAGUACAGGAAGUGAAGAAGAAAAAGCACGAGAAAGUAGUGGAAGCAAGUUCAGAGCAGGAGACGAGUGAGGAAGCCAACGAAGCCGCUGCAGAGGAGGAUACUCAGGAGGAAGAGGUGAGGCCAGAGUCUCUGUCACCGGAGGAGCUGGAGAAGCUGAAGGAGGCAGUGGACGAGAGGAAGAAACUGAUCCAGAGUCUGAGGGGAAAACCCUGGCCAAUGAAAAAGAAACUUGUCACUUUACGGGAGUCUCAGGAGUUUGUGGAGAAAUAUGAGGGAGCUCUUGGGAAAGGAAAAGGCCGGAAGCUCUAUGCUUACAAGGUCAUGAUGACCAAGAAAUGGAUGAAGUUCCAACGGGACUUUGAGAACUUCAAAACUGCUUGCAUUCCAUGGGAGAUGAAAAUAAAGGAGAUUGAAAGUCAUUUUGGCUCCUCGGUUGCCUCCUACUUUAUCUUCCUGAGGUGGAUGUAUGGCAUUAACCUGAUCUUGUUUGGUCUCACCUUUGGCCUGGUCAUGGUACCAGAGGCAUUAAUGGGAAGGCCCUAUGGCAGCAUCCCAAGAAAAACAGUCCCCAGGGCUGAGGAGACCAGCGCCAUGGACUUUGCCGUGUUAUGGGAUUGUGGGGGUUACGCUCAGUAUUCAGUCCUUUUCUACGGAUUCUACAACAACCAGCGUGCCGUUGGCUGGCUCAAGUUCCGUAUGCCUUUGUCGUACUUCCUGGUUGGUGUGGGAACGGUGGCCUAUAGCUAUAUGGUGGUCAUAAGAACGAUGGCCCGUAAUGCAAAUGAGUCGGGGGUUGGAGAUGAUAACAGCUUUAAUUUCAGCUGGAAGAUGUUUACCAGUUGGGACUACCUGAUAGGAAACCCUGAAACUGCAGACAAUAAGUUUGCCUCCAUCACCACCAGUUUCAAGGAGGCAAUCUUAGAGGAGCAAGAGAGCCGGAAGGAUGACAACAUCCACCUGACUCGUUUUCUGCGGGUGCUUGCCAACUUCCUGGUCUUGUGCUGCUUAGCAGGAAGUGGAUACCUCAUCUACUUUGUAGUGCGUCGCUCUCAGAAGUUUGCCCUGGACGGACUGGAGAAUCACACCUGGUGGGAAAGGAACGAGGUGAAUAUGGUCAUGUCAUUACUGGGGAUGUUCUGCCCCAUGCUGUUUGACGUCAUCAGCGCCCUGGAGAACUACCACCCUCGCGUGGCCCUGCAGUGGCAGCUGGGCCGCAUCUUUGCCCUCUUCCUGGGAAAUCUCUACACCUUCAUCAUUGCACUCAUGGAUGAGAUCAACCUCAAAAGGGAGGAGGAAAAGAUCAUAAAGUUUAAUAUAACCAUGUGGGAAACCAGUCUUUACAACGGCACUGUAUCAGAAAAUAGCACUGCUCCACCCGUCACUAUCCAACCUGCUGAUGUGCCCAGAGGGCCCUGCUGGGAGACCAUGGUGGGGCAGGAGUUUGUCCGGCUGAUCAUAUCUGAUACCAUGACCACCUACAUCAUGCUGCUGAUUGGAGAUUUCCUGAGAGCUGUGCUUGUUCGCUUUCUCAACUACUGCUGGUGUUGGGACCUAGAGGCCGGAUUUCCUUCCUACUCGGAGUUCGAUGUCAGUGGAAAUGUCCUGGGCCUGAUUUUCAAUCAAGGAAUGAUAUGGAUGGGUGCGUUCUAUGCCCCCUGCCUUCCUGCCCUGAAUGUCCUGCGGCUCCACGUGUCCAUGUACCUGCAGUGCUGGGCUGUAAUGUGCUGUAACGUGCCGCAAGAAAGAGUUUUCAAGGCCUCUGGCUCCAACAACUUUUACAUGGCUAUGUUGCUGGUCAUCCUCUUCCUGUCCACUCUGCCUGCCAUAUACACCAUCGUCACCAUUCCUCCUUCCUUUGACUGUGGACCCUUCAGUGGGAAAAAACGGAUGUUUGAUGUGAUCCAAGAGACGCUGGAGUCAGACUUCCCAGCCUGGUUUAGUAAAGUGUUCAGCUACGCUUCUAACCCUGGACUGGUGUUACCCUUCAUAUUGCUUAUGGUACUUGCCAUCUAUUAUUUGCAAUCCACAUCUAAAAGCUACAAAGAAGCUAACGUGGAACUGAAGAAAAAACUACAUGCGCAAAAUGAGGAAAACAAGAAGAAGAACAAACGGGCAGCGCUGAAGGCACAAAUGGAUCUAGAGGAGGCCAGAACAGCACAGGGUGCUGCGCAACAGCAAGAGACAGAUGGAGAAGAAAACCGUGGCAGGAGUCAGAGGCUUUAUCAUGGUAAGAAUGGACACAACCCUCCUCCUCCCAUUGGAGACCAAGAACGUCAACCUCCAGCCACCAGAGCCCCCGUCCCCAGGCCCUAUCACCACGGCAACCACCGGACUCCUGGGUACCUGCCCGGUUUCUCUGGGCAAAGUGAACCCAGGAUGUGAGGGGUGCCGAGCCUGCAUUGAUGCUGAGGACUGAAAAACAGCAUAGUAGCAAACCACACUCGAAGCAAAGCACUUUAUUGAGAAUUGAUGUUUAGCUGCACGUUAUGAACUGAGAGUAAUGAGAGCGAAACACUUGCUUUUGUAAAAGUCUACCUUCAUGGUUAAGAUACAUUGUAAGCAUUUUAAAAUGCAGUUGCAGCAAGCUCUUAAAUCUGUCAAUCUUUUUUGAAAAUGCUAAUCUGUAAAUUCCGAAAUUUUGCUGUAUAUUUUUGAAAUUUGAAUAAGAUAACAAUUGUGUUUCUAUGCAACCUACACAACAUGGAAAAUAUAUGUCUUUAUCCUA